AUGCUAUCAUCGCUUGUCAUUGCAGCAAUAUUCCUCUUGGCCCGGUUGACGAACGCCUGGGGCACACUUGGCCACGAGACUAUAGCAUGGAUUGCUCAAUCAUACGUCUCGUCUGCCACGAAAUCCGCUGUCCAAUCGAUUCUGGACUCGACUCAAUCAGACUACAUGGCCAAUGUCUCUACAUGGGCUGACUCGUACCGGUACACCAGUGAGGGCGGCUGGUCCGCACCACUCCAUUACAUCGACGCGAACGACAACCCUCCAGAAUCCUGCUCGGUGGACUUUAAUCGUGACUGUGGUGAAGCCGGAUGCUCGGUUUCGGCCAUUGUGAAUUACACAUCCAUCUUGUUGAGUGACGAGUCCAAGUCUGCGACCAAGCUCGACGCCAUGCGGUUCAUCGUUCAUUUCGUCGGGGACCUGCAUCAGCCUCUCCACGACGAGGCCCUCGACGUGGGAGGAAACACCAUCAACGUGACCUACGAUGGCGAACAUACCAACCUGCACCACAUUUGGGACACGGAGAUUGUGGAGCAGUUGGCGGACGGCCAGGACGCCGAGGCAUUCGGGAAGAAUCUCACCGCCGCGAUCAAGGCGGGCGACUACGGUUGGGACGCCGGGAGUUGGCUGGAUGGCAUCAGCCUGAACGACACGCAGACGACGGCCAUGAGUUGGGCAAGCGAGGCGAAUGGCUAUGUGUGCACCGAUGUCCUCGCUCCAGGUGUCGAUGCGGUCGAACAAGGGGAUCUGAGCGGCACGUAUUACAAGGCGCAUUAUGAUGUGGCGAGGAUCCAGAUUGCGCGGGCUGGGUAUAGGUUGGGGGCCUGGCUGAACUUGAUCUACACAGGCCAGACGAGUGGUUGA